UCUCCCAGAAUGCAUGGCUUCCAGCGCGGCGCCCAGUAGUCCAGGCCCGGACUCUAGAAACAUCUCUAAAACUCGAUCCAAAUUGUCGACAUGGAGACGGAAUGGAGGCUGGACGGAUAGCUGGACCGAGACUCGUUCGGUCUCAGACGAUGCCAAGCUACCUCUGUGAUUUUGCUGCUGUGACUGUAGCUUUCAGGGCUCCUGAAUACUAAAAUAGACUGCAGGACAACAGAAGAGCUUUUCACAGGAAAACACGCAGACCCAGUCAGAGCCUCCAAAGCUCCUCAUCACCACAACCCUUUUGGGGUUGCUAUGGCAGCUGCUGUCACAGAAACCAAGUGCUGGACACAGGCUUGCUGCAGUAAGGCAGGACAGACCCCUAGUCAUUGCCACAAGAGACCAUCAAACCGUGAACAAACAGCACUUAUUAACAGCAUUAAUUCUAGCACUCUAAGUUUACAAAACGACCAGAGGUCUGCAGGCUGAUGCUCGGCUCUCUGGAGGAUCCUCAUGAGUCUUGUCUGUGUCUGCUCAGGCUCUUGGCCAGAGUCUCUGUGCAGCCGCACAGCCAGUACUGUUCCUGCUGUUAGACCAUGUUUCACCAGCAGGACCAUCUGAAGGGCCAGCUGCCAGACAGCCACUCAGUCAGCCGGCAGCUCUUCCACUGCCAGGAGUGUGGGAAGCAGUACAACACCCAGCUGGGCUACAGACGACACCUAGUGGCAGCCCACAGUGCAUCAGCAGGCCUGCCCGGUCCAGAGGGGCCCCCCUCCCUGCUGGAGCACCUGGGCAGCCAUAUCGAUAGGCCUCCAACAUCAGAGAGUAACAAUAACACUGCUGUGCCCGUGAGAGAGAGGAAGUACUCAUGUGAGCGAUGCGACCGCCGUUUUUACACUCGUAAGGAUGUGCGACGUCACGCUGUGGUGCACACCGGCCGCCGGGACUUCCUGUGCCCCCGAUGUGCACAACGCUUUGGACGAAGAGACCACCUGACCCGCCAUUUAAAGAAGAGCCACGCGCAGGAGUCCGGCCUGAUGCCGCCCUGUACACCCAGCACUCCUGUUGCUACUCCAAGCCCUGCCCCCCAGUGCCCGGUGAAGGAGGAGCCCAGCCCUGUGGUUUCUGAUAUGGGCUCCGUCACCAAGGAGCCCAUGGAGCCUUUCUCCCGUGACAUGUACAACUCCUACCCCAUGACUAAUGCUGCCCCUGGGAUGGGUCAUCCUCAUGGCCUCAUGCAGGGGUCCUUGUCCUCAAGUAUGGGUGUGGCUCGCCAUAUGCCCCCCCAAUCUUCUCACCACCACCACCUGCAGCCUCCUGUGGCCUCGCAGCAGCAGCCCUACAGCAACAUGGCCAGGUACCAGCACGGAUCUACCUCAUAUCCGCGUGCCGACGUGGACAGUUUCCUGCUGGACCUGCAGAGUGCGCCCCCACCUCACCUAAGUGCAGUCAACUCCUCUACCUCUACUUCUGCCUCCCCUCAGAGGGAGGUGCUGGGUGAAGGCGUGGGUGCUGCCGGCGACCCCCAUCUGCUGUCCAGGAGCCCGGCCAUCUCCUCAACCGAGCUGUCCUGCACCACUAACAUGGACCUUGGGCCUCUGCUGGGCUUCCUGCCCUUCAGUCUGCCGCCCUACAGCCCUCACAUGGGGAUGGGGGGGUUAGUGAUGAGCUACCCACCCACCACCACCGCCUCCCCUCCAUCCUCUUCCUCUGGGUUGUCCUCCCAGGCUCCAGGGCCGUUCACCUUCUUCCAGCCUUCACAGGCUCAUGUACCACAGGGCCCCGGAGCCCAUAACCACGGCCAGCUACCUCAGGCAUACAGCAGUCCUGCUAUGAGCACUUCCAGCUCCCUACCUCACUACUACCAGGCCUUUCAGCAGUAAGCAGCUCUGUCCCCACAAAUGCUGCCUUCACAGGCUUUUUCAUGAAAAGGGUCAAACAUGAGAAUGGCAUCUUUAUUAUAUGUGUGACUUUAGCCUGUCAGUGCUAACGAUGCUAAUCUAUUUUUUUUAUUUUAACACAACAAAUCACCUCAUCAGUAUUACCUCAUUAUUUAAAAAGGAAGUUUGAACGUUUGAGGAAUCGAGAUAGUCUCACUACAACCAAAGUAGAGUUCUCCUUUUUUGUCAGACCUGUUACUGACAGUGGAUGCACUUAACACGCUUGUCACAGGUGCUGCACAAUGCUGGGAUCCAGUGUUAGGUUAUGAUGGGAAAUGCUACUGUGUUAGAUUAUGUUACCUCCCUUACUAAAGAAGACUUAAGAUUUUCUCAUAUUAGAAUAUUGAAGCAUGAACAGUCUUAUAGAGCAAGAAAAAAAAGUUGGGGUAAGAUUUACUCCGUUUGACUUAGUGGAUUUUUUUAAAAUUGAGAAUGCCAACAGCACUACCUGUAUAUCUGGUGGCUGAAGGUGCAAUGUGUAAGUUAUGGCCUGAAUGUUAGUAGAAAAAAUGAAGCUACAUUGUCAACAGAACCUGAAAGCUUACUUUGUUCACAUGCCAAAUACGUUGCAGAGCUUCCUGCUGAAGUUAGCUUGCUAAUGGACUAGGUGGUUUUACAAAACAAUCUAGUCCUGUUUCUGCAGGGUUCUCGUGUCACUGUGGGGCCAGACUACUGCAGGGCUCCCCUGAGGGUUUGUCAUUAUACAUCUCUUGUCUGUAUGUUUUGAUUAGUUUGUUUAUUGGAUUAAAUCCAAAUUGGCAGAACAACAGAGGUUAUGCAGCUUCAGGAGAGCUCAGGCAGACAGAAACAGUCAGCAGUUAUCUUGAAUUCAACUAGAUCAAACCCCAGUGCCGUUUGUGGGCCACAACUGCUGCCCUGUCCCAGGUAGAUCCAGGGUUCUGCUGUCAGUGUCCCAGUGGCAUCGUGUGGAUGCUGACAGUCUGUCUCUCUGUAGUCUCCUAGGUGGGGGGAGACGAAAGUGAAGUACGUUGGAUGAUCCAAUAAAUUAAAAAAAUCAGUAUAUAUACACAUACAACCCCCUCAGUGGCAAAGCAAACAAAGCGUUGACUGAGGUAAACACGACAACAUCAUCAGGUAGAGUGGUGUUUUGGCAGUUUAGUUUGAUUUGACCUAUUUUUGCCCUAUUGUUGUUUUUAAAUGUUAACUGAUGGCUGGAUUGGAGCAGGUGACUUGACCUUACACAUUGCACCUUGCUAACUCACCAAAACCAGUAGGUGUAAUCCAAUGGUACACAUACUGAAAUAUUUCACUUGAUGCAAAUUGACCAUUGAGGAAAUUUAUAUUAUAAUCAACAAUUAUUUCAAGUGUUGUUCAUUUAACCCUUCACUGUACAAUUCAGAAUUUGGCCAGAAAUAAUCAAAAUAUCAAGUGCAGUCAACAACAUAUACUGUUAACAAUAACUGUAAAGAUGGACUGCACUAUUAUUAGUUACCUGAACAACUAGUAACAAAAAAUUCCCCCUCAUGUUACUAAUAAUUGAACUGCAAAAGCCUUUUAGGAACAGAAUCUGAAAUGAUGUCCUAUUUUGAUUUAGAUUUUUUACAAAGUAGCUCUUUGCCAGAAUCCUCAUUGGAAGCCCUGAGGAUUGUUGGAUGAUUUUUGAGGUUAAAUCACCUUGGUGAAACAUACUCUGAUGCUAAAUAACUACUUGUUGGCAAUGUUGCCUAUUAUAACUAGAUUAAAAAGCAUUUGCAUUUCAUUUUCAACAUUACAGGCCUUUGAAGCUUGGAAGUCAUGCCAAAUCACAGGAGGAAAGCUGCUGCAACACUGCUGUCACUGGUUCAACCUUUUAUUAUGUUAAGGUGCUGUUGGACAUAGAUUUGACGCAAUAGUGACCUUCAGACAGAAGUGUCGAUUAGAAAAGAAAAUUAGAAUGAUUAACCUGUUCUGCACAAUUUUCCUGGAUUCUUCGAGAGGGAACCUAUAGGAUCCAGUCUGAAAUAUGUCAGAACUGAUAUCUGCUAACAGUCAACACUCCUGGCAUCCUCAGGGAGUCCUGUGCAUCUGUCUGAUGAACAGGGCUGCAGAGAGCAGGGUAGCAGCGGCUUGUUGUAUUUACCUUGAACCCUGAAUCUGCGCUGUUAGGAGGUCAAACCGUGAACAGCCGGCUCUGCGCUAACCAGGUCACUGUUUCAGGGUCGCUGCCCGUGUCCCAUAACAUACAUAAAAACAUAUGCCCUGUACUCGAGAAUGAUGUGAAUUAUCCCUGUUAGCCAUCGCACAGAACCCGUACUCGGGUGUUAAUACAGUUUGUUAUAGGAGUGGUUGAAUGUCUGCGUUCCAGGACCCCAACUGCAGUGUUUCCCACAGAUCUGAAAUAUACUUGGGGGGGUCGUCUUCUCUUUUUCUCUUAAGGUCUCCAUUUCUGUUUUGUGGCUUGUUCGCAGACCCUUCACACGAUAGCAGAGUGAACAGGUACAGGAGGCGUAGAGCGAGGAGAUCAUUGUCCACUAGUUAAUCGAUCACGGGUGGCAUCGUGCUCGCGGGCGGAUUAAAAAAAAACUAAAUGGGUUGCGAAACAUACUUUGGCGGCGGUUAAUAUACCUGGGCGGGCGGCCCGCCCAAGUAAAGUCUAUGUGUGGGAAACUCUGAACUGUGACAGUAAGAUGAUCUUGAGUCCAGGCUGGAUAAAUAUGCUCAGUCAGGAAGUGUGGCUGUGACAUGCUGCAGCGAUUUGACUGUGAUUAAAACAUCUGUGCAACAUCAUUUUUCAAAUUCCGCCAAGUGUUAAGCACAGCACUACAGGAUUGGGCAAAAAAAAAAGAAGCACUUAACAAUAUUUUAAUGAUACUAUAUUUUGGUGUAGGGGUCAUCCAGCUCUCUACUCAUUUUCCAUAGCAGAAGCUAGCAACAACCCUAGUUACCUGAUGGGACCUGAAGCACUUGAGAUUGGGCAAAAGGAAUAGUCCCAACCCUCCCUGUUACCCGUUUAGUUCUUCUCAAACCGACCCACUGGAUGUACCCGGGCUGUACCUGUGACCCACUCGCUGUGACGGUCUGACUGGAUUCCUGAAUGGAACCCAGCAUAGAUUCUACAAUGAACCUCCAGAGCACUUGAACCAUUUUCCUAGCUCUUACUAUGUUACUGUUGGUAUUAACACCCCCCCCCUCCUCCUGUCACAGUGCAGCAUUACAAAAUCCAGCAGCCUUCUCAUAAUGGAGGCUCCACUCAUGACAUUGGUGUGUUAGUGGAGCUGAUGUGAGUGAGGAGAGAAACAUGGUGCUCUCCCGUCUGCCUUAACUCCAGGAACUGAUUGUUGAAGGACUCUUCUCACUAGCAUUAGCACCGGCCUCCAAGUGUUGCACCGAUGUCUUAAAAUACUACUGUUGUGCCUCUCUAAGAGUGUCUAAUCUCCUGACUGGGUUUAAGCACUUAUGACAUUUCUAAAAAAGGAUGAAUUUGAUCUGUACCUCAAACACGCAGAAGUGUGGGUUUCUGUUUUUCUUUGUUUUUGCUUGUAGUUAUUUUGGCUCUUAUUUGUGCCAUUAGAUUGAAACUAUAAUAGUUUAAUGAAUCUAAACUCUUUAUUAGUGACAGACGUUGACAUUAUAAUUUCGUCAAAUUUUUCUACCUCUACCUUUUUGUAUAUCUUUCUGCAAGAAUCAUUAGAAAUAGUUUUAACUUGUUAGGCAGAUUUUACCAUGUUGAAGAUGGGAAUAUGCUCAAACUUCAGUUUUGAAGGGCUGGGUACACACAGGUCCUGGUGGUGUACUCCACAGCCAAACAUUGUUCUCUUUACUUGCCUUUAAUGAUAUUUCUACUUAUUUACUACCUCAGAGAAGAGACAGGUGACUGUCCAUCUAACUGCAGAGAAAUGUCUGUGUAGAGUUUUAUUUUUGUCAGAACAAGCACAUGUACUUUGUAACUCGAUAGUUUUUUACUGAGGGUAGCUCACAGCAGGAUGUUGUAGCACCUUGCCUGUUCGCUCCUCUGCAUUUGUUCGGUCUCAGUGCCUCUGCCUCUUCAGUCUGGAAUGUUCACUUGUGUAGAACCAGGCCUCUGUCUCAACUAAUAGUUGCAUGUUGGAAUUUUACAAACACUUUGAUUGACUUUGAGGAUUUUCACUCUGAGCACUGCAUCUGGAUAUCAUCGGUGCUCCUUCGUGCUGCUCCUGCGUGCUGCAGAAUAAAGAAGAAGGAUGCCUCUGCCCUCUGCAUCAUAUCCUGAAAACGAGAAACCUGAUUUUGAACACUGGAAAUGAUGAUGGACAUUUUUCAUUAUUUUUCAAAGUUCAUGGAGCACUUGAGUAAAACAAGCAGCUGCAUCUGGUAAUCAUUGGCUUGGGGACGUCAGAUUGGAUAUCCCAUCUUUUGCAGUUUUACACGAGGCCACACGGGACCCCAGACAUUCAGUGCCCCUCGAAGGCCCCGUCAUUUAAUGGUGUGUUUGCAGUUUAUAGUAUUUUGAUCAAUUACAAAUAUGCACAACCAAACAAGGAUAUAUGCAGUAUAUACCAAUGAUGAUGCCCUGCAUGAUCACUGCUGUCCUCCCAUCACACACACACACACACACACCAGGAGCAAUAAAUGCCAAACACAAUGGCACUUUGGGUUCAGUAUCUUGUCUUGCCCAAAGACACUUCAGGUGCCUGGGACAGAACCACAUAUCCUCCUGAGCCACCACACUGUCACCAGCUCUGCUCUUGUUCCAAACUAAAUACUGUAUGUCUGAGCCCAUCCAGUCAGUGUUGAAGGCAGCAGGACCUUCAGGGAUUCGACACCAACAUUUGAAGUGGUGGUGGAAGGUACUGACACGAUGAAAAAAGACAAUUUUAAUAUAGGUCAAAAAUCCAUUGCUACGAGAUGUUUCCCAGUCAAAGGACAUGUUAGAGGACGGGACAGGGAACCUGUCGGAACAUUCCAGACUGAAGGUGGAGGAGCAGAGCGGGUCAUUUCACUUAAUGACCCUACAGGGCUGUUCUGGUGUGUUGCAUUUAGGUCGACACCUUUAACUUAGAUAUAUUUUGCAUUAGGUGUUUGUAUUAUCAUUUAAUAGAUUUUAGAAGACGGUGAAAAGAAAAUUUCAUUUUCUGAUUGUCUGAACAUAAAGUAAUACAAAAUAAAUAAAUCUUUAGAUUUCCACUGUG